AUGUCCUGCUCCAGCCUGUGUGCCCCUGCCUGCGGUGUGGCCACCCCGGCCCCACUGGCUGACAGCUACAAUGAGGCCUGCGUGCGCCAGUGCCCUGACUCCACCGUGGUGAUCCAACCCCCAGCCACCGUGGUCACCUUCCCCGGGCCCAUCCUCAGCUCCUUCCCACAGAGCUCCGUGGUUGGCUCAGCAGGAGUCCCCGCUGUUGGAUCGGGCUUGGGUGGCAGCUUUGGACGUAGUGCCGGCUUUGGGGGCUAUGGAGGCCUGGGAGGCUAUGGAGGCUCUUAUGGCCUUGGGGGCUUUGGGAGCUAUGGAGGUUCUGGGGGCAGCUGUGGAUACGGUGGCUUUCGUCGUGGUCUUGGAUCCCUCAGUGGCAGCUGCGGGCCCUGCUAA